AUGGAGAUUGCAAAGCAAUCUGCCCAGAUUUCCUUGCUCAGAGGGAAUCCAACCAAUCCACCUCACUCUAGAGAGUUGGAGAUUAUCGAACUGUGCAACCAUCUUGUGCACGGGCAGAUUCCGGACGCCUUUCCGGGAGCCCAGCCAACAUCGCUGACGCGGCAAAAGGUUGGAGAGCAGCUGUUGCAGGAACCAUAUCUUGUCUGUGAAAAAACAGACGGGGAGCGCCACUUGUUGCUGGCCUAUCAAGGCCAUGUGUAUUUAAUCGACAGAAAGUGCUGUGUGUGGCAUUGCCCUGUGCAGCUCCCUCUGCCCAAUGUUUCCAAUGGAACUUCCAAUGAUGAAAGGUCUGGAAGGGCACCUGGAUGGCAUCACAAUACGCUCUUGGAUGGAGAACUUGUUGUUGAUGCUGAAGAUGCAGAGGGAAACCAGACAUGCCUUCGGUACUUGGUGUAUGAUGCGAUGCAUAUUGGUGAUGAGGACUUGACCCACCGUCCUCUAUUGUACAGAUUGAAGAAGGCACUCUUUGACGUGAUUUUACCAAAGGAGCAGCUUUUGAGUUUUGGGCGAAAAGCCAACGAUACUAUUCAGCUGAUGUUGAAGGACUUCUUUGAGCUUUGGCAGAUCAAAGAUGUUGUUUCCAUCGCUGGCAAAUUGCCACAUGAAACGGAUGGCCUUGUUUUCACUCCUGUCAUGGUACCGUAUGCGCCGGGAACAUGCCCUGCACUCUUGAAGUGGAAGCCCGCGCACAUGAAUACGGUGGAUUUCAAACUGGAGGUUGUGUUUGGCGAUGGAAAGAACAUGCACGUCAAGCUGCUCGUUGGCUACAAGGCUUCUCACAACUGGCGGGUCAAGUUCUCCGGUCAUUGGCUAGCGAAGACAGGUAAAGCCUUCAAGCAGCUCAAGGAGGAUCCAAGCCGCUUCAACGGAAAAAUUGGAGAAUGCAAAUGGCAUCCUGAUGCGAAAACCUUCACGCCUACAGACCCUGUAAAGUUUACCAUGAACGGCGCUUGGGAAGACGGCGGCUGGGUUUUGGAGCGGUUGAGAGAGGACAAACACGAGCCCAACGAUUACAGAACUGCCAAGAGAGUGGUGGAAUCAAUUGAGGAUGCGCUGACUGAAGAGGAGCUGGCAUCAUACGUAGCAAAUGCCAUGGAACAGAACACGCUGCAGGCAGCCGCUACUUGUGGAGAUGGCUAUUUGGCCCGGGCCAAGCCCCAAGUGUCUCGCGCAAAGGCCAACUGGGCACCUGCAGUUCAUGGGGACAGCCAUAGCCAAGGUCAGAAGGGAAAGGGAAAGGGAAAGACAUCCAAAGGAAAGGCAAAGGGCAAAGGCAAAGUUCCAGAAAUGAAUGAAGACAUUGAAGUCGUCGAUGAAGCUAUAGAAGUGAAAGAAGACAAAGACGACGGAAAGGGCAAGCAGGACAACAAGGAAGCCGACAAGAAAGGCAGUCACAAAGGCAAGCCGUACAAGAAGAACAGUGAAUGGAGAAAUCUGAAGGACAAAGGUUCCGGAAGGUCUUCUGGGCGUGGGAAGGGCAAGGGCAAGACUCAACAGGUUCAAGCGCAGCCCACAAAGAGGCAGACAGAAGGGUUGGAUGAGGACCACAUGAACCUCUUGGAGUGGAGCAGAAUUAUUGAAGCUCAGCAGGCUGGCAAAGACCCAAACAAGCUGAAGGAAGAGAUGAUGGCUGAAGCGGCUGAAGCGGCUGCAACGGUUGAAGCGGCUGAAGCGGUCAAACCUGAACCCACCGAACCGAGUGCUCCGCCCGACCAAUUCGAGGAUGAGACCCCAAGGCUUGAUGAAGUCGAGCCAGAGUCGCACUUCCCAGUCUCAAGGCCGCGCACAGUGGCGGAUUUGAUGGCUUGGUCUGCAUGGUCCGCCAAUUCCUUGAAUGAUGGCUUCUAUGGUGAAGCACAAGCUCGGUCCAAACGACCUGCGGAGAGUCAUUGGAGUGAACAGGAAAGACGACAAAGACCACGCACUGUUGCAGACCUAGGCGGAAAAGGGAAAGGAUCAGAAAGGACCCUUUGA